GUGCCAUUUCGAGUCAUAUAUUUUAAUGUCUUGUAAUUGGCCGGCAUAAGUCUUAAUUUAUUUAAUAAAUCAAAGCUAAUUAUAAAUAAAACGACCGCAGGAUGGAGGAGCAGGCCUGUCCGCGGUGCAAGACCACCAAAUAUCGGAAUCCAUCGCUGAAGCUGAUGGUUAACGUUUGCGGUCACACGCUAUGCGAAUCUUGCGUGGAUAUGCUCUUCUUGAAGGGUUCAGGCGCUUGUCCGGAAUGCAUGGUACCCUUGCGGCGAAACAACUUUCGCGUACAGCUUUUCGAGGAUCCCAUGGUAGAGAAAGAGGUUGACAUACGGCGGCGCAUAUUGCGCGACUACAACAAACGCGAAGAGGACUUUGCCACGCUGGAGGAGUACAAUGAUUACUUGGAGGAAAUCGAGGACAUUAUCUAUAAUUUGUGCAACAACAUCGAAAUUAUUGAGACCAAUAAGCGCAUCGAGGCCUACAAGCGCGACAACCGCGAGGUCAUUCAGCGCAACAAGACGCGUGUCGGACGCGACGAGUGCGCCCUGGAGGAGCUGCUCGAGCUGGAGCGCGUGCAAGACGAGUCGCGCAAGAAGGAGCUCGAAGAGCUGGAAACAGAGCAUAAAAAGAAAAAGGCACGUGACAAGCAGGCACUCAUCGAGGAGCUCAUGUACAGCGGCAAGGACGCUGCCACCAUUGUCAGCGAGUUCGCUGAAAAGGCGGAAAAACAGCGCGAGGAGGAGAAGCAGCUGCCGCCACCCAAAGCCGCAAACGAAUUCUCCACAGGCAUUAAGUUUGGCCAGACUGCGGAUCCAACAUUGCUGCCAGUACCAAAAUCGGAGGAAGGCCCUCUCUUUAUAUACGAGCCACUCAUACCCAUCACCGAGGGUCCCUCGCCGCCGCCAAUUAACGAAGUCGAGUCCAUGGGCUACGUCUCACAUAUACGGCCCGAGACGCCGCAGGAGAAUGCUGGCGGUUUUACGGCCACAUUAGCAUGCCAGCGUGCCCUUCAGGAGGCGAUGCAGUGCCUCUUCUAUACGCCCACUGCCGGGGUGGCCGUGGGUCUUUAGCAGGACAGUGAACCAAAUGUUGCAGUUAAAAACGUAGAGCAGAGCCCAGCAUAGCACGCUUAAAUCAUUUUGUUGACAAAUGUGUCAAAAUAAGAUAUGCAUUAUUUCCAUGUACUCUAAUCCUAUUUAUAAAACAUACUAGUUAUAUAUAUAUUAUACAAAAUACAA